AGGCCUAAACCGCUUCGAAUCGAAGUAGAAAGCUGCACCACGAUCGACGACGUGGUGAUGACCCCUGGCCAGAUUGCGAUAAUAGCCUUCUUGGCUGUCAUUAGCAUCCUUAUUGGAGCUGGAACUGUCGUCGAGAUCUACGUCGCAUCUAGAAAAAAGACUGAGAAAAGCAGCCAAAGCGCAUGGCUCAAGUAUGUCACCUCCUUCUCUGCGCUGCACAACAGCCGUGCCAUAUUCACCGUCAAGCGCCAAAAAAAUGCUGGUGACUUUGAUCUGCGUUUUAUUCACGGACUGCGUUUCUUCAGCUUGGUGUCAAUUGUCCUUGGCCACAGCUAUGGUAUCAUGUCAGACGUGUGGUCUCGCACAUUAAACCUGCUAAUUUUGACUGAGUAUUACAUGAGCAUUUUCGUGACUGCAGGAUUUGUUCUCGUCGACACGUUCUUCUUCAUCAGUGGGUUCCUGAUGUGUCUAGUCAUCGACAAACAACAUACAAAUGGAUUAAGGGUGUUCGUUUUUGCACUUAUUCGUAGGCUUGUGAGGACCACUGUUCCUUUAUUCUUUGUCGUGAUGUGCAUAUAUUUGCUGCCGCUUAUCCUGACCGGCCCCGGUGCAAAGAACUUCUUUGAAAAAAUGGAUGAAGAACUGCACACACACUGGUGGCAGUGGUUGCUUCAAAUCCGGAACUUUUACUACGUGGGACUCAGGACUGUGCUUCCACACCUGUGGUACCUGUCCGUGGAUUACCAAUUCUUCAUUGUGGGCGUUGCUCUGUUCCUGCUCCUCAAGAACCGCAGGCCUUUGGCGAUCGGAGUGUUUGCCUUUCUCGGGCUCGUGGGGUGCUGCAUUUCUGCCUGGCAAGUCACUCAAUGGGAUAUCGCCCCUUUCAUGGUGUUUCUUGCUCGCAAGCUGGCCACUGUUGGCGACACUGUGAACAAGUAUUAUAUUACUCCAUCGUACCACGCGGUGUGCUAUUUCACUGGUUGCAUCGUCUACCUUGUAGCCGACAACUUGCGGCAGCGGAAGGUGUCUAAGAUGGUUCAAAUCACCUGCUGGGCGUUUUCCUUGGCCGCUGGCUUAUGCUGCCUUUUCAUAAAGUCUGUGUGGUACAGUGGUGAUGCGCCGACCUCGGAUCUUGGCAAAAUUGCCCUGGCAUUCUUCGACCGCAUCAUGUGGUCGAUUUUCAUUGGCUGGAUCACGUUGGCCUGCAUUUCAGGACGCGGAGGCUUUGUGUCUAAGUUCCUGUCUUGGGCUCCCUUUGCACCGUUGAGCCGCCUGUCAUUUGCUGUUUACCUCAUCCACUUCCCCUUCAUCGAAAUAAUGCUGCAUUCAUCAAGGGAACGCCUCUAUUACUCUCACUUUAAUCAGGUGACCUUGUUCUUCUCGGUAUUGAUGUGGAGCUACACUCUCGCCUACUUUAUGUAUCUGGUGUGUGAGGGCCCCACGGCAAACCUGGACAAGCUGUUCUUUGGUUCCACCACACGACCACAGGUCGAGAAUGCGGCGUCAGUGAAAGCGCAGAAGGGAAGCAACCUAACGCAAGAAGUAGUCUUCGAAAUUCCGCGCAUCGUGCUAGAAAACGACGAGAAGCCUGCCACUGGAACACAAUGACAAGUCGACACUGUUUAGGUGGGCGUCACGAACUUCAAUUCAUGAACCCGUCCAUCGUGUACGGUGGCUUGUGAAAUAGUGUGGCGAUAAAUUUUGCGUUGAACAGUUUACUGGCAGCAAAAACAAUGCAAAAGGUGACAGCCGGGGUAAACGCACAAGUUUCCUGCAGUGACAGGGUUCUUAGUGAAAGUAUUCUUCAGUGAAGCGUCCUUUCAUCUACACAGCAAUAUUCAUGUGAGUGCCCAAUAGAAACAUUUAUCGCUCUUUAUACGAAAGACAUUCAAUUCCAAUUGUGUGGUGGUGCUCCUCUGUGAUAUUACAGUAAUCUUACGUGUGAACAACUGCCUGAGAAGAAACCUUAAACACGCUGCUGUCGAGCUGUGUAGCCUUUUUAUUUCGCGAGGAGUUCCUGUAGUGCUUUAGGCUUGCCAUGAGCUCUCACUGUUUGUGCUUAUAGCGGAUCUUAACAGUCCGCUAAUGAUGUACGAAUAUGGCGUGCUAACUGAAGACUUAUGUAUGACAGUUUCGACAAAUGUUGCGCCUAGCCGUAAUCAGACUUGAAUAACGGCAACUUAAUUUGCCUGCAAAGUCUACAUCGUUAUUCAGAUGCAUAUUACUUUAGUUUGUUUGUGAGGAGUGUAUUCAUGAACUUUUUCAGCAACUUUGGCCUUAUAAUGGCCACAGCUACUCAGCAAACUUUCGGGCAUCCUUGUGAUGAAAAAAAGGUUCUAAGUUCAUUGUGUGAAACUCAAGUGGCCAAGUGGUUUUUGUAUUUCUUAUGCAUAUGCAUAAGCUUCCUCAGUGAUGGUUGAGGCAAAUGUUUUUUUUUUCAAUUGGCAGUAGCUGUCCGGAUAUUACAUCAUCAGCUUGGAGGGAAAGUGCAUAUCGUUUUUUUACACAUUUUUCGAUUAUAACGCAAGAAAUCACACAUACAUAAUGUAAAAAACGUACAAGUUUCCAAAUGUCAGAAACUUAAGCCAUAAUUGUAUAUCUGUAUCUACUCCAUACAUCAUAACACUGUCUGUCAACGCUUUGUACACGUUGACCCACAACAACUCCCAAAACGGCUUUUUAUUUUAAAAAAUUUAUCUUUGCCGUCACUAAACAUACUUAUUUCAUGUUUGUUUGUUCUUGGUCAUUUAAUGUGAUUCUUAGUUUUAUUUGUUUUUUUUGACAAUUUUUUGAAUAUUUCGCAUUAUCAGUGGCCAGGUAACUUAAUUAUGUGCUCAGUUUGAUGUUUUCUACGGCAAUUUCAUUUAUGGACAUCGAACAAAGUAUGAAAUAAAAUGUGUCCAUGUAAUGUA